GUCGCAUCAAAUUUCAUACCACUAGUCUACGAGUACCUAGGUAUGUACCAAGUAACAACGUACCAACCCUCGGCUGGCGAAGCCCAUUUAUUAUUAUCGACCUUCUCAAAAUUGGGAGUGGCUCAGAGGUGUGACGAUUCUCUGUCGUCCUCGCAAUCGUCCACGCGUUGGUUCUAUUACCGUUUUUUCUCCUUCUCUGGGGUUGCUCUACAACCAUCCAUCAUAAGAAAUUUAUCCUCUCACUUUCGUUCUCAAUUUGUCAAGUCUUACUUAUCCUUUCUAACUGUUCUGUACCUAUAUAUCAAACCUUUUUAUUUUUUAUUUUGUUGACGCAACCAUGAGGAGACACUCUAGACACAUUAGCCGGGGCUCGAUUUCCGCAAUUGCAACCCGAGCAGGGGACACAACAGCAGUCGAUGGAUUGCCAUCACCACAAAGCUACGACUUCAACCUCAUCGAGGAACGAAGUAGCCAGGAUUCCCAGGAUGCCGAAUCAUUAUUAGAAAAGUUGGCCCAGCCGAAAGAUGAACCAGUCACAUGGAUGUCGCUGCCCCGGAAGGACCAGCUCGCCAUCCUUUUCCUUUGCCGUUUUGUCGACUUCUUGCAAGUGGCAUCUCUGCAAGCCUAUGUGUUUUACCAGCUCAAGAGUUUCGACGAGGAGUUGUCGGACGCCCAGAUCUCAGGCCAAGCCGGCUUGUUACAGGGCGCGUUUACGGGCGCUCAAGUUUUGACUGCCAUCCUAUGGGGCAAAGCCGCCGAUGCCAGCUGGUGCGGGCGCAAGCUGGUUCUCGUCAUCGGACUUUUUGGAACGGCCCUUUCGUGCAUAGGAUACGGGUUUUCAAGCAGCUUUUACUGGGCCAUCUUCUGGCGGGCAUUCGGCGGUUCGAUCAAUGGAUUGGUGGGCAUUAUUCGAACCAUGAUAUCCGAAAUCACCGUGGAGAGGAAAUACCAGUCAAGAGCAUUCUUGAUCCUCCCCAUGAGUUUUAACGUGGCAGGCAUUCUAGGACCCAUGAUGGGCGGAUGGCUCGCCGACCCUACCAAAGCCCUACCCGACCUUUUUGGCGAGGGUGCUCCACUGCACUGUAGCCUGAUUGUCGACUUUCCUUUCGCGUUACCCAGCAUCAUGAAUGCUGUAGCCUUGGCCCUGACGGGGUUGGCCGUCGUAUUUGGUCUCGAGGAGACUUCCGUCGCCAAGCGAGACAAGUUCGACGCGGGUCUACACCUCUGGGCUAGGUUCAUGUCCUUUGUCACCCGACGACCAAUGCACGAGGGAUACUCCAAGCUGGAAUGGAACGAAAACACGAACCAGCUCCAAACGCUCAGCGAGAAACUCCCCGUGGCGGAUACCCAACCCAAACACUUCACCCACAGCCUCCCCUUUAGCCGUAUCUGGACCCGCAACGUCAUAUUCACCCUCGUCGCCGCCGCCUUCUACGACUUCCACCUCGGCGCCUUCACCAACAUCUGGACUCUCUUCCUGUCCACGCCCCGCUGGCAACCCGACUUUGCCAAGCGCGGCCUGCCCUUCUCCUUCUCCGGCGGCCUGGGCAUGCCCUCCUCCAUGGUCGGCGGCGCCACUUGCAUCCUCGGCGUCCUCGGCAUGGUCCUACAGAUCUUCCUCUAUCCGCCCGUCCACUCCCGCCUCGGCACGUUGCGCUCUUUCCGCUGGUUCCUGCUCCUUUUCCCCAUGGCUUACUUCCUCGCGCCUUUCCUUGCGGUCUUGCCCUCAUCUACCCGGUCGCCUGAGCCAGCCUCGGGCGGCUUCAUCUGGGUGGGCAUUUUCUUUUUGUUAUUGCUUCAUACGACGGGGAGAACAAUGACGCUCCCGGCUAGCAUUAUUCUGCUCAACAACUGCAGUCCCCAUCCCAGUGUGUUGGGGACGAUCCACGGACUCGGACAAAGUGUUUCGGCCGGCUUCCGGACCGUGGGGCCCAUUGUCGGCGGGUGUUGGUACGGAAUUGGGCUGAAUGCCGAGAUGGUCGGCUUCAGCUGGUGGGCGGUUGGAGGCAUGUCGGCCCUGGGAUGGGCGGCGGCCAUGAUUAUUUAUGAAGGCAGCGGCCAUGAGAUCUACCUCGAUGGAGAGGAAGACGACGCCGAAGAACUAUGAUAUCCAUUGAAGGAUACAAUGAAUUUCUACGUAGAUUAUAUCUUGAAAAUACAAAAAAAGUUCCCACCGUUUUAGGAUAAUAAAGG